UCUUUCACCACCUCCACCACCAUUCGCUGAAGUCUCAACUCUGCCACUGUAAAUUCCCAAGCUUUCUGAGCUCCUUUACUUGAUUCGGGUCGGGUUUCGUAUCUUGGUAUAUGGAGCAGCAGCAGCAUUGCUAACUACAAGAGGCAAUCCAAAUCCAGUGAAUGCAAAGAAAGUACUAGGGAGUAGCUUGAGAAGAGUUUGAGUGAUAACACAACAAAGACAGAUGUGGGUGCAGCGUGCGAAACCCCUUUGGCACAUUAAGGCCUUGAGGCAGUCUGCUAAGUCUCCAUGCAUUUUUUCGAUAUCAUCUUCCUACUCAGAUACACCUCACAAGAAGUCGAAGCUUGCCCCUCUACAGGAAAGGAAAAUGAUAGACAGGUUUAGGCUAUAUGCUAAAGGGGGCAGUGGUGGCAGUGGAUGCUCCAGCUCUCGCCGUAGUCGCCAUGAUCGUGAUGGAGUACCUGAUGGUGGAAAUGGUGGGAAAGGUGGUGAUGUGAUUUUGGAAUGCUCUCCAACAGUUUGGGACUUCAGCGGUUUGCAACCUCACCUUAUAGCACAGAGAGGGGGACACGGAUCCUCGAAGAAUAAAAUUGGCACUCGGGGAGCGGAUAAGGUUGCUCAAGUUCCUGUUGGUACGGUGAUUCAUCUUGUGAAGGGUGAAAUUCCUUUUGUUGCUGAAAGUCAUGUUCCUAAAGAUUUGGAUCCUUGGGAGCUGCCGGGUACCCCUAUUGAUGAUGUAACUGGCUCUUAUCAGCAAUCUGCCCCUAGUGGCCCAAAUAUGUUAGUGGAUACUGCUAACUCGUCAUCUGGACCUAAAAGAAUUGGAGGGGAAGCAGCUCUCACAAAGGAAAUCACUCAAGUUGAAUCCACUGAGAUUCCUACUGAAUCUCCCCCUUCUUUGUCUGAGAUGUGCUCAGAAGAUGAGACCAAGGAAAAAGAACAAAUUCAAUACAAUGUUGCUGAGUUAACAGUAAGUGGUCAACAAUUUGUUAUUGCUCGUGGAGCGAAAGGUGGUCUAGGUAGUGUGUCUCUGAGAGUCCCAAAGAAGUUUUUUUCGGAGUUGCCAUCUGGAGGAUAUGCAUGUUCUCGUGCUCAAGCAAAAUAUGAUCAGCAGUUGGCCCUCAGUGCUGGUUCGCCUGGUUCAGAAGCUGUUCUUAUAUUAGAACUAAAGAGCAUUGCUGAUGUGAGCCUAGUGGGAAUGCCAAAUGCUGGUAAAAGUACUCUGUUAGGGGCUAUAUCUAGGGCUAAGCCUGCAGUGGGCCAUUACGCCUUCACCACUCUAAGACCCAAUUUGGGGAAUCUAAACUUUGAUGACUUUUCACUCACAGUUGCUGAUGUUCCGGGACUCAUAAAGGGUGCGCAUGAGAAUCGUGGACUUGGACAUGCAUUCCUACGCCACAUAGAACGCACAAAGGUUAUAGCUUAUGUGGUUGACUUGGCUGCUGGAUUGGAUGGUGGAAAAGGAAUCCCACCUUGGGAACAGCUUAGGGAUUUGGUCUUAGAGCUUGAGUACCAUCAAGUGGGUUUAUCUGAUCGCCCAUCACUCAUAGUGGCAAACAAAAUAGACGAGGAAGGGACUGAAGGUGUGCAUGAAGAACUCAAAAGAAGGGUACACGAUGUUCCUAUAUUCCCUGUAUGUGCUAUUCUGGGAGAGGGAAUUCAAGAGCUAAAGAUUGGUCUUAGAAAACUUGUGAAUGGUGAAAUGACAGACAGACUCCAGGUCAAUAAAAUUAUGGUUGAUUAAAGGGGGAACUGUUGGAAGUGUUAUCAUCCCUGAUCAAGCCAUCACAUUCUGCAGAACUGGAAUACCACCGAUGAUAAAUGUCAACUUUGUUAAGGCAACUGUUGGAAUUCUAAUUAUCUCUAGUGAACAAUGCAUUAAGUGCACUUUCGGUACCUAGUAUUAUUAUGAGUCACUCUAUUAUUAGUACUUAGCCUACUGUCAUUUGAGUAGGCUUACUCGAGACUAGUCUGCACUAUGUUUGGUGAAAGGAGAGAGGUAGGCGUUGGUGUUAACUUGGGAACUCAAAAAGGAGUACCCACAAUAAGACUUGCUAAGGAGGUUGAGAGCAAAAACAAGGUCCUGGUUACUAGUUAGUACCGUUUAAUCUUGUACUUCCUCACACCAAACAUAGCUCACACCAGUUAGUACUUAUUUAUUGCAAUACCGUCUAGCCCCUUGUACUAAACAUGCACUAAAUGACUAGCUGUCUAGCACAAGCCCAUUAAUUGAUUGUUAGUUGAACAGACAAGUGACUACGGCUGUACCUGAGCUUUUGUUGUCAACACUGUUAGUUGUUUCUGUGCAAAUGGUUUAUAGAUUUUUUUUUUUUCACAUUAUGUGUCUUAGAACCAUCUUAAUCAGAUAACAAUGAAGCUCAUAGUGUCUUUAUGUGCAUCGGCAGCAUCGCCUAUCAAGAAAAGGGUUAUGUUCAAUUAUCAGCUUCUGCUGCUUUAUUACUUUCUGUAUUUAAUUUAUUUUUCAUGUAUCAACCAGUAAGGUGAGAAGGAAUUCAAACCUGUUUGUAAUUACAACAUCAUUCUGAUUGAACAAAUUUUAUUUGCAAACAUGAUUGUUCAUGCUAUUUAUCAUUGGUACAUUUUGCGUCUUCUAGUUUUGUUUUCUUUCUGAUAUUGUGCUAAAAUACAUUUUGUUCAGUUUUUCGGACCUUUGGUUAUGUUUUCUGUGCUGGUAUUCUGCUGUGUGUGUAGAGUAGAGUAGAUAGAGUAGAGUAGAGUUAAUGCUUCUUUGUUUCCAUCUCUUUUGUUUUGAGAGAUAUAAUGGAAUAACAUGACAACAAGAUUCCGUAAAUAUAAUAGUCUAGCAACUAGCUAUUACGCCUGAGAUUCUUGUCCAGUACUAUCAUAUGUGUAUGAAAAAGUUUGGGUGAUUCAAUAAGCAGAUGUGAAAAGAUACUGGAUGCAUAAUGUUGAAAUAUGAAUCCCAAAUGGGAAA